AUGUUCGUGACCAACCUGAAUGACAGAAGCCUUCUUUCUUUUCUCCUAGUCUCUCAGCAGGGUGAAAGCCAAAGGCGUUUGUACAGAGAACUGCUGAGAAACUACAAUCGUCUUGAACGACCGGUAGUGAAUGACUCCCAACCACUUGUAGUUGAGCUCCAGCUUUCUUUGCUGCAGAUAAUUGACGUGGACGAGAAGAAUCAAGUGUUGAUCACAAAUGCUUGGCUGCAGAUGUACUGGGUUGAUGUUUACUUGUCUUGGGAUCAGUAUGAAUACCCAGGGGUGCAGAACCUGCGAUUUCCAGCCGACCAGAUUUGGGUACCAGACAUUCUUCUAUAUAACAGUGCGGAUGAAAGAUUUGAUGCGACAUUUCACACAAAUGUGCUGGUGAAUUACUCUGGAUCCUGCCAAUAUAUUCCUCCAGGCAUUUUGAAGAGCACAUGUUACAUUGAUGUCCGCUGGUUCCCUUUUGAUGUGCAGAAGUGUGAUUUGAAGUUUGGAUCCUGGACUCACAGUGGCUGGUUGAUCGACCUGCAGAUGCUUGAGGCUGAUACUUCCAACUACAUCUCCAAUGGAGAAUGGGAUUUAGUGGGUGUCCCAGGAAAGAGGAAUGAGAUGUACUAUGACUGCUGUAAAGAGCCAUACCCAGAUGUGACAUACACCAUCACCAUGCGUCGGCGCACCCUCUACUAUGGAUUGAACCUGCUCAUUCCAUGUGUUCUCAUAUCUGGCUUGGCACUGCUUGUUUUCCUUUUGCCAGCUGAUUCAGGGGAGAAGAUUUCUUUAGGUAUCACUGUUCUGCUUUCCCUGACUGUAUUCAUGCUGCUUGUGGCUGAGAUCAUGCCUGCAACUUCCGACUCAGUCCCUCUAAUAGCUCAAUAUUUCGCUAGCAUCAUGGUAAUCGUUGGUCUCUCUGUGGUGGUAACAGUGCUGGUUCUGCAGUUUCACCAUCAUGACCCACAAGCAGGAAAGAUGCCCAAAUGGGUCCGUGUCAGCCUGCUGAAUUGGUGUGCUUGGUUUUUACGAAUGAAAAAACCUGGGGAAAAUAUAAAGCCUCUCUCUUGCAAAUAUAGCUAUCCCAAGGACCAUCUGAGUGUAAGCAGCAUGGAGAUGAAUGCCCUGCCUGGGCACCAGUCCAGCAAUGGCAACACAAUCUAUAGAUACCACGCGACAGAUAAUCCGUGCUGCCCCGACAAGAAUGAUCUGGAUAGCAAGAGCAGAAAGCUUACCUGCCCCUUACCGGAAGAUAUUGAGUUUGUUCAAAAGAAAGCUUUAAUGGAUACUCUUCCAGUGAUUGUGAAGAUCCUGGAGGAAGUCCAGUUCAUUGCAAUGCGCUUCAGGAAACAAGAUGAGGGUGAAGAGAUCUGCAGUGAGUGGAAGUUUGCAGCUGCUGUCAUAGACAGGUUAUGUCUGGUUGCAUUUACCCUUUUUGCCAUCAUUUGCACACUUACGAUACUCAUGUCUGCUCCAAAUUUUAUAGAAGCUGUUUCAAAGGAUUUUGCAUAA